AUACUGUGAGACUUAAAGCUUCAACAUGAUCUUGCUCCUCUUCUUGUUUGGUCUGGCUCUGGGUGCUCCUUCUGAGUCUCCCUCUGAUGACAAUGAAGUGAAGCAACAACCUGGUGAACGGAAAUUUAAACUGCAACGUGGAGCCUGUCCCAUGUUCUGGUGGAGCUUCAAUGACCGCUGCUACAAAUAUGUCGCCACCCGCAUGACCUGGGCUGAUGCAGAGGUCUACUGUUUGUCACAGGGAGCCAACCUGGUGUCCAUCCGCAAUACAGAGGAACAGAGUUUUGUGAAAAACCUGAUCCAGAACUUUGACCACGCAGAGGGACUCACCUGGAUUGGACUCAGUGACAAGCAUAAAGAAGGCACCUGGAUGUGGUCCGAUGGUUGUCCACUGCGUUUUGUCUACUGGAGUCCAGCACAACCAGAUAAUGAGGGAGGAAAUGAACACUGUGUUCACACCAAUGUAGUAUCAGAUAAGAAAUGGAAUGACUACACGUGUGCUACCAAUUUACCUUAUGUUUGUGCAACACGCAUUACCUGUCCUUAGAAGCACUGAACCUUCUGUUCCUGCUAGUACAAUGCUACAAUAAAGAUGUGAAUGCACACUGUAA